AUGGUCCUAAGAAUGGCGAGACUCAUUGAUGAUGCCGACUACGAUGCAGGCGAAACGCCUGGAAAUGUACCAUGUCUACGGUUCAACUUUGGAAAUGAUUAUGCAGACAAUCGACCCCGGACUAGGUGCGUUCCAAUAAGUCUUCCUACCAAUAUGACCAUGUUGCGAAAACAAGGUGAAACAACCUCUAAGAACGAAAGGAGACUGCGACCACACAAAAGGCCACACUUCUUGGUCUUCAUACCUACGAUUAUUUUUUAUAGUCUACAUUUGUCAAACUACUAA